AUGGUCCUCAUAUCCACCGGCGAAAAGGUCUCUUACAAGGUCUUCCGCGGAACACCAGAGGGCAAGAUCAUCGCCGAUAACGUCGAGCGUGAGCUCCAGAACCACGAGGUCUUCAUCGAGACAACACACUCUGGCGUCUGCGGAACAGACAAGCUCUACCAGCCCAGCGGCAUCGUCCUCGGCCAUGAGGGUGUUGGUAUCGUGCGCCAGGCCGGCCCUGCUGUCACAAACGUAAAGGUCGGUGACAGAGUCGGAUUCGGAUACACCCACCAGAUCUGCGGCUCUUGCGACAACUGCUGCACCGACCGCGACCAGUACUGCCGCGAGCGCCAGAUCUACGGCUUCUCCGACCACGACAACGGCUCCUUCUCCUACGGCGCCGUGUGGGAUGCCAAGACCGUUGUCCACAUCCCCGAGGGCUACGAGUCCGCCGACGCCGCGCCUCUGCUCUGCGCCGGAUCCACCGUCUUCACAGUCCUGACCAAGUACGACGUGCGACCUGAACAGCGAAUUGGAGUUAUGGGAAUUGGCGGCCUUGGCCACUUGGCUAUCAAGCUCGGUGCUGCUAUGGGAGCCCACGUCGUGGUCUUCUCCAGCUCCGAGGGCAAGCGACAGGAGGCUAUGGACUACGGUGCUUCCGAGUUCCUCGUUCUCAAGUCUGGCGAGAGCGCCCCUGAGGACUUCAAGCCCGUGAAGCACCUCCUUCUCUGCGGUAGCGCCAACGUUGACUACAGCAGCUUGGUCCCUAUCGUCGACACCGACGGCAGCAUCUACCCCCUCACUGCUGCUCUCGAGAGCACCCCCGUUCCCCUGACCGCGCUCUCCCUCAAGGGCAUCCGCGUGCAGGGCUCCCUGACCAGCUCUCGCGACACCCUCCGAAAGCUUCUCGAGUUUGCCCACCGCAAGAACAUCAAGCCCACGAUCAUGACAUACCGCCUCAACGAGGAGGGUAUCGAGCAGGCUCUGCACGACCUGAAGGACGGAAAGGUCCGAUACAGGGCUGUUCUGAUCAAGGAGUAG